CCUCGGAGAGCGCCGGGCGCCAAGACCAGAGGGACAGGAGAAGCGGCGGCAGUCCGGCGGGAUUGACGCCUGCGAGCCCGCCUCCCUCUGCACCUUCAGCUUCUCGGGCUGGCUGGCAGCUAGUGGCGGCCGAGGAAGUUUUUAAAAUGAAGAAGUUUAAUUUCCGAAAAGUUUUGGAUGGCUUAACUGCCUCCUCCCCUGGCAGUGGUAGCAGCAGUGGCAGUAACAGUGGUGGUGGGGCUGGAAGUGGUUCCAUACAUCCAGGAGGGACUGCAGGGGUUCUCAAAGAGGAGAUUCAGGAAACCCUGACUUCAGAGUAUUUCCAGAUUUGCAAGACAGUUCGGCAUGGUUUUCCUUAUCAGCCCACAGCAUUAGCCUUUGAUCCAGUUCAGAAAAUCUUGGCUAUUGGGACAAGAACAGGUGCUAUACGAAUACUUGGGAGACCUGGCGUUGAUUGUUAUUGCCAACAUGAAAGUGGUGCAGCUGUCCUGCAGCUCCAAUUCUUGAUCAAUGAGGGUGCUUUGGUUAGUGCAAGUUCAGAUGACACCCUUCAUUUGUGGAAUCUUAGACAAAAAAGGCCAGCUAUUCUUCAUUCUCUUAAAUUUAACCGAGAACGAAUUACUUACUGUCAUCUACCUUUCCAGAGUAAAUGGCUCUAUGUUGGAACAGAAAGAGGAAAUACACAUAUUGUAAAUAUUGAAUCUUUCAUUCUUUCUGGAUAUGUUAUCAUGUGGAACAAGGCAAUUGAGCUAUCCACAAAGACUCAUCCAGGUCCAGUUGUACAUUUAAGCGAUAGCCCAAGAGACGAAGGGAAACUGCUGAUAGGUUAUGAAAAUGGUACUGUAGUAUUCUGGGACUUGAAAUCUAAAAGAGCUGAACUGAGAGUUUAUUAUGAUGAGGCUAUUCAUUCAAUUGAUUGGCAUCAUGAGGGCAAACAAUUCAUGUGCAGCCAUUCAGAUGGUAGCUUGACCUUAUGGAACCUGAAAAGCCCAAGUCGUCCUUUCCAGACCACAAUUCCACAUGGGAAAAGUCAAAGAGAAGGAAGAAAAUCUGAAUCUUGUAAACCAAUUCUUAAAGUAGAAUACAAGACCUGUAGAAACAGUGAGCCAUUCAUUAUAUUUUCUGGUGGACUGUCCUAUGACAAAGCUUGCAGAAGACCAAGUUUAACCAUCAUGCAUGGAAAAGCAAUUACAGUGCUUGAAAUGGAUCAUCCUAUUGUUGAAUUUCUUACUUUAUGUGAAACACCCUAUCCAAAUGAAUUUCAAGAACCUUAUGCUGUUGUAGUACUUCUGGAGAAAGAUCUCAUUGUAGUUGAUCUGACACAAAGCAAUUUUCCAAUCUUUGAAAAUCCAUAUCCCAUGGACAUUCAUGAAUCACCAGUUACAUGCACAGCAUACUUUGCUGAUUGCCCACCAGAUCUGAUUCUAGUACUCUACUCUAUAGGAGUCAAGCAUAAAAAACAAGGAUACAGUAAUAAGGAGUGGCCAAUCAGUGGAGGAGCUUGGAACCUUGGAACACAAACAUAUCCAGAAAUUAUUAUUACUGGUCAUGCAGACGGAUCAAUAAAAUUUUGGGAUGCUUCUGCAAUCACUCUGCAGAUGCUGUAUAAGCUAAAAACUUCAAAAGUGUUUGAAAAACAGAAGAUAGGAGAAGGAAAACCAACAUGUGAAAUUGUAGAGGAAGAUCCAUAUGCCAUUCAGAUGAUUAACUGGUGUCCGGAGAGCAGAAUAUUCUGUGUAUCAGGAGUCUCUGCAUAUGUCAUAAUUUAUAAAUUCAGCAGACAUGAAAUAACAACAGAAAUAGUGUCAUUAGAGGUACGACUUCAGUAUGAUAUUGAAGAUAUUAUUACCCCAGAACCAGAAACAAGUCCUCCGUUUCCAGAUCUCUCAUCCCAGCUUCCUUCUUCAAGGAGUCUUUCCGGAAGCACUAACACUGUGGCUAGUGAAGGAGGAACAAAGGACAGUAUCCCAUGCCUCAAUGUUAAGACACGACCAGUGCGGAUGCCUCCAGGGUAUCAAGCAGAGCUUGUUAUUCAGUUGGUAUGGGUGGAUGGUGAGCCCCCCCAACAGAUUACUAGUCUUGCUGUAAGCUCAGCAUAUGGAAUAGUUGCGUUUGGGAACUGCAAUGGGUUGGCUGUGGUGGAUUUUAUACAGAAGACAGUACUAUUAAGCAUGGGGACCAUUGACCUAUAUAGAUCAAGUGACCUAUACCAACGUCAACCACGGUCUCCUCGAAAAAACAAGCAGUUCAUUGCAGACAACUUUUGCAUGCGUGGCCUGUCUAACCUUUAUCCUGAUUUAACGAAACGGAUCCGUACUUCCUAUCAGAGUUUAACUGAGCUAAAUGACAGUCCAGUUCCCCUGGAACUUGAGCGCUGCAAGUCUCCCACUUCAGGACUUGCUACAAGAACUCCUGAGGCAGCACCAGGCUUUUAUAGGAAUGAAAUACCAGCUGUGAGACAGAGGAAUCAAGUACAUCACUUGCCAGUUAAAGGAUCAAGAAAGUUAAGUCUGCCAACAGAUCUUAAGGCUGAUCUUGAUCAUGUAAAUGGACACUGCACAAGUCCCACCUCUCAGAGUUGCAGUUCUGGAAAACGUCUGUCCAGUGCUGAUGUGUCAAAAGUAAAUCGCUGGGGUCCUGGAAGACCACCAUUUCGGAAAGCACAAUCAGCUGCUUGCAUGGAAAUUUCUUUACCGAUCACAACAGAAGAAAGCCGAGAAAAUUCCUAUAAUCGUUCUAGAAGCUCUAGCAUCUCCAGUAUUGACAAAGAUUCGAAAGAAGCAAUUACAGCACUAUAUUUCAUGGAGUCCUUUGCUCGGAAAAAUGACUCUACAGUCUCCCCUUGUUUGUUUGUUGGAACUAGUCUGGGAAUGGUGUUAAUAAUCUCCCUGAACCUACCUUCAGCAGAUGAACAAAGAUUUACAGAGCCAGUCAUGGUAUUGCCAAGUGGUACAUUCCUCUCACUGAAAGGAGCUGUGCUAACAUUCUCCUGUAUGGACCGAAAUGGUGGAUUAAUGCAACCGCCAUAUGAAGUUUGGAGGGAUCCAAACAACGUAGAUGAAAAUGAAAAAUCUUGGAGAAGGAAACUGGUCAUGAACUACCCCUCUCCAUCCCAAGAAAUAGGAGAUCAUCAGUAUACAAUAAUCUGCUCAGAAAAACAAGCCAAAGUCUUCUCACUGCCUUCUCAGACUUGUCUUUAUGUUCAUAACAUCACCGAGACAUCUUUUAUACUGCAAGCGGAUGUGGUGGUCAUGUGUAACAGUGCCUGUUUGGCAUGCUUUUGUGCCAAUGGGCAUAUCAUGAUAAUGAGCCUACCUAGUCUUCGCCCAAUGUUGGAUGUUAAUUAUUUGCCACUGACAGACAUGAGGAUAGCACGGACAUUUUGCUUUACCAAUGAAGGCCAGGCAUUAUACCUCGUCUCUCCUACUGAAAUUCAGCGGUUAACAUACAGCCAAGAGAUGUGUGAUAAUCUACAGGACAUGCUAGGAGAUUUGUUUACUCCCAUAGAGACACCAGAAGCUCAAAACAGAGGCUUUCUCAAGGGACUGUUUGGUGGAAGUGGACAAACAUUUGACAGAGAAGAGCUCUUUGGGGAAGCUUCAGCGGGAAGAGCAUCUCGCAGCCUUGCACAGCACAUUCCUGGACCAGGUGGUAUAGAAGGGAUGAAAGGUGCUGCCGGAGGGGUGAUAGGAGAGCUGACACGCGCUCGGAUCGCCCUUGAUGAGAGAGGACAGAGGCUAGGAGAGCUGGAGGAGAAAACCGCAGGCAUGAUGACCAGCGCGGAAGCAUUUUCCAAACACGCACAUGAGUUAAUGCUGAAAUAUAAGGAUAAGAAAUGGUACCAAUUCUAAACUUCUAAAGAAGCUGUGACUGCUUUGAGAAACCAUUAUUCAGGGAAACCUAAUUUAUUCCCAGCAUCACUAUUCAACUUGCUAGAAGCCAG